ACACGUUCCACGCCAGGAACAAAAGGUCUAUGAAGGGACAUAAAACUUUUAUUGGGUGUUUGACCAAACGGCUAUCCGUAGUGACGUCAUCUAAUGGAAAUUUGUCUAACAGUGGCAAGAUGGCUACGGAACCAAAUAAGACUGAGAUCCUCACCAUUUUUAAAAGACUUAGAUCCAUUGCCACAAACAAGGGAUGUUUUGACUGCGCCGCCAAAAACCCGAGCUGGGCGAGUAUCUCCUACGGCGUGUUCUUGUGCAUCGACUGCUCCGGCAUCCACCGCUCCCUGGGAGUGCAUCUCAGCUUCAUCAGGUCCACUGAGUUAGACUCCAACUGGAACUGGUUCCAGCUCAGAUGCAUGCAGGUUGGAGGCAAUGCCAAUGCGACGGCCUUCUUCCGUCAGCACGGCUGCACCACAAACGACACCAACGCCAAGUACAACAGCCGCGCAGCUCAGCUGUACCGGGAGAAGAUCCGGCACCAAGCUAACGCCGCGUUGUCCAAAUAUGGCUCAGACCUCUGGAUCGAAUCUUCUGCAGGAGGAACUCCUUCAGCUCCUCAGAAGAAAGAGGCAGACUUUUUUGCAGAACUCACACAGAAUGCUGACGACUGGAGCAUGGCGCCGGAGCAGAAUGGAGCCGCUCUGACCUCACAGCUGAUGGACACGCUGGCCAAAGGCCAGGAGGACACCCAGCUGGAGGAAGGACCCAGCAUCCACGGUCUGAGCUCAUCACCCAAAGCCUGCGUGGACGACUCCAUGCGUCUGUCCUCACAGGAUGGACGGACACCUGAAGACGUGAAGGCCUCCAUCAUCGGUAAAAAGAAGCCCAUGUCUGCCAAGAAAGGGCUCGGUGCAAAGAAAGGCCUCGGAGCCCAGAAGGUGAGCAGCAAGAGCUUCUCUGAGGUGGAGAAGCAGGCGCAGGUGGCCGAAAAGAUGCGAGAGGAGCACGCCGCUGAGGCCAAGAAGCAAGCCGAGGAGUCCAUCGUGGCCUCCAUGCGUUUGGCCUACAAAGAGCUGGAGAUCGACAGGAAGAUGGAGGAGAAGAAGAUCCAGACCCUGGAGAGCAAGAAGAGGGAGCAGGCCGAGAGACUGGGGAUGGGCUUCGGCAACAGGAGCGCCGUGUCUCACUCGGUGAUGUCGGAGAUGCAGGUGAUCGAGCAGGAGACCCCCGUGGGAGCCAAGUCCUCCUCUCGCUCCAAACUGGACUUGUUUGAAGAGCCGGGUUUCACCUCCGGACCCCCGAAGUAUAAGGACAACCCGUUCACAGUGGGAGACACUUUUGGGUCCCGGUGGGACACCGAGGGAGGAACCGCCUCCUUCACCACCUCCUGGGCUCUGGAGAAAGACGACCCCAAAGAGGAGGUCACCAUCUCUAGCAUCCAGCCCAUUGGAGAGAGACUCCCCAGCAGAAGGAAAGACGUGUCGGCUCCGGUGUCCGAGUCCAGCGAGGCCCGACAGAAGUUUGCCAACGCGAAGGCCAUUUCUUCAGACAUGUUCUUUGGUCGGGAGAUCAGUGCAGAGUACGAUGCAAAGACCCGACUGGAGACCAUGUCUGGAAGCACCUCCAUCAGCUCAGCUGACCUGUUUGGGGACGGAAGUGACCAAAAAGGCAGGGGCCCGGGCUUCGACAGCGUGCUCCCCGCCGGCCCCGACAUCGCACAGUUCAAACAGGGAGUGAAGACUGUAGCGGGAAAGAUGGCCGUCCUGGCCAACGGGGUCAUGAAUACAAUCCAGGAUCGAUACGGCUCGUACUGAUCACCUCUGACCUUUGGGAGGAAACGCUGACUGACGCCUGUGAAGAGCCGCCCGGCCUCCUGACAGACCGCGAGAGAGAGAUGGGCAGCAGGAAGGGUUGCAUGGGGAAAAUAAAAGCGUCCUCCUCUAGAGACAAUGCUGCAGGAGUGAGAGCGUCACAGGGUGAAGUCGCUGUUCUUCUCCUGAAACCCACUUCUGUUGGUCUUAGUUUUCAAAAAGGACGCCAGAGUUAAUUCUACAUUUUAUUCCUUAUACAUAAAUCAAAGUGUUGUUUUUGAUUCAUAUUAUCAAAUGUCUUAUGUUUUUUUGUGAUAUUAAAAGAAAAGUGCAGUGUGUAUAUAUAUAUUUUCAACGUUAAUUUGAACACGAAUACAGAAUUUCUGCAUUUGGUGUUUGAUUCACUGAAGUUCAGAUUUACUUUUAUUUUCAUUGACACAAAACACUGAAAUAUGCGUUUCUGUCUGAAAGUAUAUGUUGUAAAAACAUCGGAGCAUCACGAGCUGCUCUGGUUAUUUAUUUAUGUUUUUAAUAAACUAGUUAAACCCGGCAGAGACCAGAGCCUCCUGUGACCCG